AUGGUUCCUAAAUUCAAGAAAUUUGUUUACAUUGUGUUAUUUUGCUCCUCUAUUUUGACAUCACUCGUUUUUUCCACAUUUGUGGAAGCAAGCAAUAUAAGAAAGAUAUCUCUCAAACACCAGGGUAGUAUGGCUCCAUUGUCCAAUUUGAAUUCAAAGACCUUCACAUUGAGGCAAAUAGCUAGAGAUGGAGAUGAUCCUGUACCUAUAGACCAGAAAUAUGCAGCGUUCAGGAGGGGGAUGUAUGGCUAUUCCCAGAAGCUUACACAGGUUGAAUUUGUUGAAAACAUUGGGACAAGAGCAAUGUCAGUAAAAGUAAGAGGUCAAUUUACAAACGAUCUUGUAAAAGAUAGAAAAAAAGAGAUUUCUAGACUUCACCAGGCUGUGUUCCUAGUCCACUUUUUCAGAGACAGAUGGUUUGUUAAAGAAGUACACAUGAUUCAUGGACCACCAAAUAUGCUCCCAGUAGCGGCAAAUUAUUUUGAAUAUCUGGAGCUAACCACCACAGACAAAUAUCGCCACAACUGA